GCCGCCUCCGCCUCGGUCCCCGCUUCCAGCCCGGCCCGCCCGGCCCGCAGGUCAUGGAGCGCCGAGCAGCGGAUCCGGAGCCUCUGGCGCGCCCCAACCAGCCCGCCCGGUGCCCAGCUUCCGCCUCUUGCCAGCCGCAGCCCUGGAGACAGCAUCCCCCCGACUGCUGAGGCUGCGCGGCAGCAUGAAGGCUCAGGGCCGGCUCCUGCUCGUGGUCCUGUGCUCCGUGGCCUUCUCCGUCUCCUACAUCCUCUUGUGCUGCUGGGCCUGCCUGCCGCUCUGCCUGGCGACCUGCCUGGACCACCACCUGCCUACUCGCUCCAGGCCCACGGCGCCGGGGCCCCUGCACUUCAGCGGAUACAGCAGCGUGCCCGAUGGGAAGCCGCUGGUCCGGGAGCCGUGCCGCAGCUGUGCCGUGGUGUCCAGCUCUGGCCAGAUGCUGGGUUCGGGCCUGGGUGCCCAGAUCGACGGUGCCGAGUGCGUGCUGCGCAUGAACCAGGCGCCCACCGUGGGCUUCGAGGCGGACGUGGGCCGGCGCAGCACGCUGCGGGUGAUCUCGCACACGAGCGUGCCACUGCUGCUGCGCAACUACUCGCACUACUUCCAGCAGGCCCGGGACACACUCUACGUGGUGUGGGGCCAGGGCAAGCACAUGGACCGGGCGCUGGGCGGCCGCACCUACCGCACACUGCUGCAGCUCACCCGGAUGUACCCCGGCCUGCAGAUGUAUACCUUCACGGAGCGCAUGAUGGCCUACUGCGACCAAAUCUUCCAGGACGAGACCGGCAAGAACCGGAGGCAGUCCGGCUCGUUUCUCAGCACCGGCUGGUUCACCAUGAUCCUGGCCCUGGAGCUGUGCGAGGAGAUCGUGGUGUACGGCAUGGUCAGCGACAGCUACUGCAGGCAGCAGAGCCACCCCUCGGUGCCUUACCACUACUUCGAGAAAGGCCGCCUGGACGAGUGUCAGAUGUACCUGGCGCAUGAGCGGGCGCCCCGCAGCGCCCACCGCUUCAUCACGGAAAAGGCCGUCUUCUCCCGCUGGGCCAAGAAGAGGCCCAUCGUGUUCGCCCACCCGUCCUGGAGGACCGAGUAGCCCCCGUCUCCCGGCCGGCGGCUGCCGCACCUCCGCCGGCUUCUACACUCCGCCAACGACAUUAAUUUAUGAAUGCUGCCACGUGGGUUCCUUCCCGCCCCGCCCUGGGGAUGCCUGGAGCCAUCUCCGGCCUCUGACUUGAGGGGACAGGGAGGGGCCAGUGACCCUGGCUGCACCCCUCUCCUGGAGUCAUCUUCAUUUCGGGGUUCACACCGCCCCCCCCCCCCCCCGCCAGGUCUCUCAAGUGGCCUUUGCCCCGGGGCCGACGCCGCCCCCACUCACCAGCAUCGGGACCUGGGCCCAUCCGGGUCUUUCCUGUCCCGUCCCCGGCCGCGGAUGGUGCCACACUUCUCAGGCCGGGCAGUAAGAGCCCGGGAUUCGUUGGGCGAGGCAGCUUCUGGCCUUGUGCCGGGGCCGUCUCAGGACGUACGGGUAAACGUGAUUUCUGGACACUGUCUCCUGCGUGGUCGUGCGUC